CCUUUUUUAAUCUCUCCUUCAGGUUGCCAAUUCCCAAACUAGAAGAUACUAUUAGAAGGUAUCUGAAUGCCCAGAAGCCUCUCUUAGAUGAUGAUCAAUUCAGGAAAACUAAAGAACUUGGCCACGGUUUUGAACAUGGAGCUGGAAGAGAAUUGCAUGAGCAGCUGGUUGCUCAAGACAAGCAGAACAAACAUACUAGUUACAUCUCAGGUCCCUGGUUUGAUAUGUAUCUAAGUUCACGUGACUCUGUUGUUUUGAAUUUUAACCCAUUUAUGUGUUUCAACCCUGACCCAAAAGUUGAAUAUAAUGAUCAGCUCACACGCGCAACUAACAUGACUGUUUCUGCCAUACGUUUCCUGAAAACCCUCCGGGCUGGCUAUCUGGAGCCAGAGGUUUUUCAUCUCAAGCCAGACAAAAGUGACACUCAAACCUUCAAGAGACUCAUUCGAUUUGUGCCUUCAUCUCUCUCAUGGUUUGGUGCUUACAUGGUCAAUGCAUACCCCUUAGAUAUGUCUCAAUACUUCAGGCUUUUCAAUUCCACACGAUUGCCUAAGCUCAAUCGAGAUGAGCUUUUCACAAAUGAAAAAGCAAAGCACUUGCUGGUGCUCAGAAAUGGGAAUUUUUACAUAUUUGAUGUCCUUGAUAGAGAUGGGAAUAUAGUGAAGCCUUCUGAAAUACAAGCCCACCUGAAAUACAUACUUAGUGACAGUAGUCCAGCCCCAGCCUUCCCUCUUGCAUAUCUGCCCAGUGAAAACAGAGACAUUUGGGCACUACUGAGACAGAAGCUACUCUCUAAUGGCAAUGAGGAAGUCCUCCAAAAAGUGGAUUCUGCUGUCUUCUGUCUAUGUUUAGAUGACUUCCCCAUUAAAGACCUUGUGCACUUGUCCCACAACAUGUUGCAUGGAGAUGGUGUUAACCGCUGGUAUGACAAAUCCUUUAACCUUAUUCUAACCAAAGAUGGCAAUGCGGCCAUUCAUUUUGAACAUUCCUGGGGAGAUGGUGUGGCUGUGUUAAGAUUCCAGAAUGAAGUGUUUAAAGACAGCACCCAGAAUCCAGCAGUUACCCCACAAUCUCAGCCCGCAGCAGUUGAUUCUUCCAGCGCUGUGCAGAAACUCAACUUUAAGUUGAAUGAUGCCUUAAAAGCAGGAAUUAUCAAAGCCAAACAAAACUUUGAUGCCACUAUGGAAACAUUGACUCUUGAUGUUAUGCAGUUUAAGAAAGGAGGCAAGGAAUUUUUAAAGGAGAAGAAGGUAAGUCCUGAUGCAGUGGCUCAGCUUUCUUUCCAGAUGGCUUUCUUCCGGCAAUAUGGCCAGACUGUAGCUACAUAUGAGUCUUGCAGCACCGCAGCUUUCAAACACGGUCGCACAGAGACCAUCCGUCCUACCUCCAUCUAUACAAAGAAGUGCGCAGAAGCUUUCAUCAGGCAGCCUUCCAAACACAGCACAGAGGAACUUCAGCAAAUGAUUGCUGAGUGCUCAAAGUACCACGGACAGUUGACCAAAGAAGCUGCUAUGGGUCAAGGAUUUGACCGGCAUUUGUUUAGUUUGCGUUAUUUGGCAACUUCAAAAGGUAUCCCGUUACCUGACCUCUACCAGGACCAAGCCUAUGCUCAGCUUAAUCACAACAUUCUGUCCACAAGCACGUUGAGUAGCCCUGCUGUGAAUAUAGGAGGAUUUGCUCCUGUGGUGCUGGAUGGCUUUGGUGUAGGCUAUGGAGUGCACGAUGAUUGGAUUGGCUGCAUUGUCUCAUCUUAUCCAGCCAGGAAUGUGCAUGAAUUCAUUCAGUGUGUUCAUAAAUCUCUGGAGGAUAUAUUUCAUGUUUUAGAAGGCAAACACAUCGACGGUUAGACACAGCAGGUCUGGGACACUUUUAAUGCAUACUAUAAAAUGUUUGGAUCAACAUCACUUCUGAUCAUGUGUGGCUGAAGAUGGGAGAAAGUUGUUAGUGCUAAUUCACUAAGUGUUUUGGCUGGGAUUUUCAAGAGUUAAGUGCCCAGCAUGAACUGAAUGUUCAGGCGAGGCAUCUUUUAAAAAUCUUAGCCACUAUAAAGAAGUUAAGGGCAGGCAUGUGAUAUUCAAAAAUACUUAAUUCUGGUAUAAACUUUUAAGUAAUAUAUUACAAUGUGUUCUUAAAAUAUCAGGCAUUAAAUAUUGAUUUCUAAUAAAAAAAUUAAUAUUGCACAAGUGUUCAUGUUUACAGUGGACAUGAGAAACUACAUUUGAACACUAACAUCUACAACUGUAUUUAAAACUAAACACAAAAAUGACAAAUUGUAAAUCCUGCAUAUGUGAUAUGCUCACUUACUAGAUCUCUCAUUAUUUUUGUUAAAUUUGAAUAAUUGUCAAACAAACUUCAUUUUCUGUUGAAGCAUUCCAAUGUAAUGACAAGUUUAAAAGAAAACCUGAAAAUGUGACUUACACACUACUGGCAACUGUAAUCAUGUGUUAAACUGCUAAGAAACUGGUUGGAAAAUGAUGUUUAAAUAAAUUUACCUAUGACAUGGUUGCAGAAA